AUGGCACUCAACUUUACCAUCUUUGGCGGCGGCGGCAAGAUCAGCAAGCUCUUCACGUCCCAGGCCGUCAAGGCGGGCCACAAGGUCAACUCCAUCAUCAAGGACAACGCACACGAGGAAGAGCUCAAAGCGCUGGGAGCCACCACCCACAUUCUCCCUCUCGACAAGUCUACCGUGCCUUCCAUCUCUUCACUCUUCAACAAGGUCAGCCCUGACGUCGUUCUCUUUGCUGCCGGCGCCGGCGGGAAACCACCCGGGCCGGAGGAGAUCGACCACAAGGGCGCCGUCAAGGUCUUUGACGCCAUGGAAGAGGCUGGCAUCAAGAGACUGAUCAUCAUCGGAGCCGUGGCCGUCAGGUCCAAGAACUCCCCCGUGCCAGACUGGUACAAUGACCAGGACAAGGACACUGAGAGCAAGUUCUGGAAGGGUCUCGGUACCUACAUGGAGGCAAAGCUGGCAGCGGAGCUCAACCUCCAUAAGCGCACGGCGAUCGACUAUACCGUCCUGCGACCAGGAAGUUUGACUACCGAGCCCGCGGGAGGCGUCCAGCUUGGCCGCACUCACUUGACACCUACUUCUCGAGAGCUGGUUGCCCAGACCGCCCUUGCGGUGGCUACUACACCCGGCACAGAAGGUCUUACUAUCGAUGUCAUUGACGGCAGUGGUGAGCUCAAGUCAGAGCUGAAGAAGGUUGUCGACGGAAAGAUCGACUCCUGGGUCGGUUAG